AUGAGAGACGACAAAGCUACUGCUAAGUACGAACUAGAUGUAGACAGAAGUCGAGACACCGCACGUGCUCGCUUUGAUGCUAUCAAUAAGAUGCCUAUAACCGCACCAGGAGUAUUACUAGCCAAGACCAUGACCAGGACGGACGCAGCGCAAGCCACGUUAAAAUUCGAGAUCAUCAACAAUGAGUAUCUUGAGAACGUCGACUCCACCCUUGUGAGCUCCGUCACUGUUUUCAUCAAUCAGAAGUGA